GAGUGGACACUGCCAUACCCGUUAUACCAAGGUACCCCGCAAUUCCGUGAUGCCCUGACAUUUUAUUAGAGGCAACACCAUUGAAUUGGGAUUUGUUAAACAAUUUGGAUACUAGUGGCGGAGGGAUUUGGAGUUGUUUUGCUGUGCGCGGUGCACCCUGCUCCUCACUCUCAGUGUGGGACUGAUCAGAAGGGGAUACAUUGUUGUGCUGUGCGAGGAACCUACGCUGUGUGACUGGAGCAUUACCCAAACCUACAUACAACUUUACCCCUAAAGGAUAUUUUGUACCAUUUUGCCCCCUUGCAGGGAUUGGGCACCCUGAGGAUCUAUGUUACCCCAGUAAGUUACCCUGAGAGUUGGAGGAAUGCAUCGGAUUGUGCUUGCAGCCUUGCUUUGGUCACUGCCUGCUCCCACACCAGGUUUACGAUGUACACAGCCUGCAGAAUCAUGCUUGAAUGGGGGAAGAUGUGAAGUUUCAUCCAAUGGGAACAGCGUGUGCCAAUGCAACAAUUCCUAUGUCGGAGAAAGGUGCCAAUUCCCUAACCCCUGCUUGACAGCCCGGUGUUUGAACUUUGGAACUUGUAUCCCUGUGAUCCAAGGCAACAGCGUUGAUUACACAUGCAAAUGCCCGCUGGGAUACCCCGAUAAAGUGUGUCUCACUCCUGAAAACAAUGCUUGUCUGAACAACCCCUGCCGCAACGGAGGAACCUGUGAGCUGAUCGCUAGUCUGAGCGAAUUCAAGUGCCGUUGUCCCCCAGGCUGGACAGGUGAAACUUGCCAACAAGCUGACCCUUGUGCUUCUAAUCCAUGUGGCAAUGGAGGAAAAUGUGUCCCUUUUGAAGCCCAAUAUGUUUGCAAAUGCCCUCCUGGAUUUCACGGUGCUACCUGUAAACAGGAUAUUAAUGAAUGUAGUCAGAACCCAUUAAUCUGCCAGAACGGGGGAACGUGUACAAAUGAGUUCGGAUCUUACCGCUGCCAGUGCAGAAACAAAUUUACAGGAAAGAAUUGUGAGGUACUUUAUGUUCCUUGCAACCCAUCGCCUUGUCAAAAUGGAGGAACCUGCCGUCAGAUUGAUGACAAUUUCUACGCCUGCACGUGUCUUCCAGGAUUUUCUGGCCAGAACUGUGAUGAAAAUAUUGAUGACUGCCCCGGACAUAACUGUAAGAACGGAGGUACCUGUGUAGACGGUGUGAAUACCUACAACUGCCAGUGUCCCCCUGACUGGACAGGCCAGUACUGUACAGAGGAUGUGGACGAAUGCCAGUUGAUGCCAAACGCCUGUCAGAAUGGUGGCACCUGUCAUAAUAAUCAUGGGAGCUACAACUGUGUCUGUGUAAAUGGCUGGACUGGAGAUGACUGCAGUGAGAAUAUCGACGACUGUGCCAACGCAGCCUGUAAUAGUGGUGCCACCUGUCAUGACCGCGUGGCCUCUUUUUACUGUGAAUGCCCACAUGGUCGAACAGGAAUGCUGUGCCACCUGGAUGAUGCCUGUAUCAGCAACCCCUGCAAUGAGGGAUCUAACUGCGAUACCAAUCCAGUAAAUGGGAAGGCAAUCUGCACCUGUCCUUCAGGUUACAUCGGCCCUGCAUGCAACCAAGAUGUUGAUGAGUGUAUUCUGGGUGCCAAUCCGUGUGAGCAUGCUGGGAAAUGUAUCAACACCCAGGGCUCCUUCCAGUGUUUCUGUCUGCUGGGAUACACAGGGCCUCGCUGUGAGAUCGAUGAGAAUGAGUGUCUGUCCAACCCCUGUCAGAAUGAUGCCACGUGUCUAGACCAGAUAGGAGAAUUCCACUGCAUAUGUAUGCCAGGAUAUGAAGGACUUUACUGUGAAAUUGAUACCAAUGAGUGCCUUAGCAGCCCCUGCUUACACAACGGUGUAUGCAUUGAUAAAAUCAAUGAAUUUCACUGCGAAUGUCCCAAAGGGUUCAAUGGACAUCUGUGCCAGUAUGAUAUCGAUGAGUGUGCCAGCACACCUUGUAAGAACGGUGCCAAAUGUGUGGAUGGGCCCAACACCUACACCUGUGAUUGUACAGAAGGUUUCUCUGGUCUGCACUGUGAGACGGAUAUCAAUGAAUGUAAUCCCGACCCUUGUCACCACGGCACGUGUAAAGAUGCCAUCGCUACCUUCACGUGCUUGUGCAAUCCGGGAUUCACAGGACGGCGGUGUGAGAUUAAUAUCAAUGAAUGUUUUAGCAUGCCUUGUCAGAAUGGAGGUGAAUGCCUGGACAAAGAGAACGGGUACCUUUGCAAAUGCCUAAAGGGAACUUCAGGAACAAACUGUCAAGUGAAUAUAGAUGACUGUGCCAGUAACCCUUGUGAUUCUGGAAAGUGUAUUGACAAGAUUGAUGGCUAUGAAUGUGCCUGCAAACCUGGAUACACAGGGAAGAUGUGCAACAUUAACAUAAACGAGUGCGCCAGUAAUCCUUGCCAUAAUGGAGGAACCUGCAAGGAUGAGGUUAAUGGUUUUGUUUGUGUGUGUCCUGAAGGCUUUCAAGAUCACCUGUGCCUUUCAGAAGUGAAUGAGUGUAACAGUAACCCAUGUAUUCACGGGAUGUGCCACGAUGGAGUCAACGGGUACAAAUGUGAUUGUGAUUCCGGCUGGAGUGGUACCAACUGUGAUAUCAACAACAACGAGUGCGAUUCUAACCCUUGUAUGAAUGGAGGAACCUGUAAAGACAUGACAAGCGGCUAUAUCUGUACAUGCCGAGAGGGCUUCAGUGGACCAAACUGCCAAACUAACAUCAAUGAAUGUGCUUCCAAUCCUUGCUUAAAUCAUGGAACCUGCAUUGAUGACGUUGCUGGUUACAAAUGUAACUGCGUGCUGCCCUACACCGGAGCCAAUUGUGAAGACGUUUUAGCUCCAUGUGCCAACAGCCCAUGUAAAAAUGGUGGAAAAUGCCAAGAAUCUGAAGACUAUGAGAGCUUCUCAUGCGUUUGCCCAACUGGCUGGCAAGGUCAAACAUGUGAGAUUGACAUAAACGAAUGCGUAAAAAACCCUUGUCGCAAUGGUGCCGUUUGUCUGAACACUAACGGGAGCUACAGAUGCAAUUGUAAAGCAGGAUAUACCGGAAGGAAUUGUGAGACGGAUAUUGACGAUUGCCAGCCAAAUCCUUGCCACAACGGAGGCUCUUGCUCUGAUGGAAUCAAUUCCUUCUUCUGCGAUUGUCUUGCUGGUUUCCGAGGGCCAAAAUGUGAAGAGGACAUCAAUGAGUGUGCAAGCAACCCGUGCAAGAAUGGCGCCAAUUGCACAGAUUGUGUCAACAGCUACACCUGCACUUGUCCAUCUGGGUUCAGCGGCAUCCACUGUGAAAACAACACCCCCGACUGUACUGAGAGCUCUUGUUUUAAUGGUGGGACCUGUGUGGAUGGCAUCAACACAUUCACUUGCCUUUGCCCGCCGGGGUUUACCGGAAGCUACUGCCAACAUGACAUCAAUGAGUGUGACUCAAAGCCAUGCCUUAAUGGUGGCACUUGCCAAGAUAGCUAUGGGACUUACAAAUGUACUUGUCCCCAAGGAUACACAGGGUUGAACUGCCAGAACCUUGUGCGCUGGUGUGACUCGUCUCCGUGCAAGAACGGGGGGAAAUGCUGGCAAACGAACAACUUGUAUCGAUGUGAAUGUAAUAGUGGUUGGACAGGGCUAUAUUGUGAUGUUCCUAGUGUCUCCUGUGAAGUGGCGGCUAAACAACAAGGUGUGGAUUCCAUUCAUCUGUGCAGGAACUCUGGCCUGUGCAUAGACUCUGGCAAUACCCAUUACUGUCGUUGCCAAGCUGGGUACACUGGCAGCUACUGUGAGGAACAAGUGGAUGAAUGUUCUCCGAAUCCCUGCCAGAACGGAGCCACGUGCACAGACUAUUUGGGAGGCUAUUCUUGUGAGUGUGUGGCUGGCUAUCAUGGAACGAACUGCUCAGAAGAGAUUAAUGAAUGUCUGUCCCAUCCGUGUCAGAAUGGAGGAACUUGUAUUGAUCUCAUAAAUACUUACAAGUGCUCUUGCCCCAGAGGAACCCAAGGCGUUCACUGUGAAAUCAACGUGGAUGACUGCAUUCCAUCCUACGAUGUAGUCAGCUUGGAGCCCAAAUGCUUUAACAACGGCAAAUGUGUGGACAGAGUUGGCGGCUUCAACUGUAUCUGCCCACCAGGCUUUGUAGGGGAGCGCUGUGAGGGAGAUGUGAAUGAAUGUCUGUCCAACCCAUGUGAUAAUCGCGGAACACAGAACUGCAUCCAGCUGGUUAAUGACUACCGAUGUGAAUGCAGGCAGGGUUUCACAGGGAGACGUUGUGACUCUGUGAUUGAUGGCUGCAAAGGCAAACCUUGCAAAAAUGGAGGGACUUGCGCCGUUGCCAGUAACACAGAACGUGGCUUUAUCUGCAUGUGUCCACAUAGUUUUGAUGGAGCCACUUGUGAAUAUGACUCUCUCACGUGCGGGAACCUUCGCUGCCAGAAUGGUGGGACUUGCAUUACCUCCAAAUGUGUGUGCACUGAAAACUUUUAUGGACCAUUGUGUCAGUACCCGGUCAACAGUCCAUGUAAUUCCAACCCCUGUUACAAUAGGGGCACCUGCAAGAUCCUAUCAGAAGAACCAUUCUUUCAGUGUGUCUGUCCCAGGAAUUUCAAUGGCCUCUAUUGCCAUAUCUUAGAUUAUAGCUUUGCUGGAGGGUUGGGAGAAGCCAUUAUCCCACCCAAUAUAAAAGAAAAGUGUGAGAUUGAGCAGUGUGCAGAACAAGCUGGUAAUAAGAUCUGCAACACUAUAUGCAACAAUCACGCUUGUGACUGGGACGGUGGUGACUGCUCUCUUAACUUUAACGAUCCGUGGAAGAACUGCACUCAGUCUCUUCAGUGCUGGAAGUAUUUUAACGACAACAAAUGUGAUCCCCAGUGCAACAACACAGGCUGCUUGUAUGAUGGAUUUGACUGCCAAAAGGUGGAGGUUCAAUGCAAUCCUCUCUACGAUCAAUACUGCAAAGACCACUUUCAGGAUGGAAACUGUGACCAAGGCUGUAACAAUGCUGAGUGCGAGUGGGAUGGUCUGGAUUGCGCCAACAACAUGCCAGAGAAGCUAGCGGACGGCACACUGGUGCUGGUGGUUCUGAUGCCCCCAGAAAAGUUAAAAAACAACUCCAUUAACUUUCUGCGCGAGCUGAGCCGACUGCUCCACACCAAUGUGGUAUUUAAGAAGGAUCGCAAAGGGGAAUACAAGAUUUACCCGUACUAUGGCAAUAACGAGGAGCUGAAGAAGCAUCACAUUAAAAGAUCCGUUCCGGAUUGGGUCGCCAAUCCCAUGGACAUCUUUAGCGUAUCUUCGACAGGACGACGGCAACGUAGGGAACUGGACCACAUGGAAGUGAGGGGCUCAAUCGUAUACUUGGAAAUAGACAAUCGUCAAUGCCUUCACUAUUCGUCGCAAUGCUUCAACAGCGCAACUGAAGCAGCCGCCUUCCUCGGCGCCUUGGCUUCUAUCGGUGAAUUAAAUCUACCUUACAAGAUUGAAGCAGCAGAUAGUGAGAGGGUCUUCCCCACAAAGGCGUCUACGAUUCAUUACGUAUUGGGUACGAUAGCAGCUGUAUUCUUGCUAAUCUUUGCCUUUGCCCUGGUUAUUGUCAAGAAGAAAAGAAGAAGGGAACAUGGUCAACUUUGGUUUCCUGAAGGUUUCCAUGUGAAAGAAACGAACAAGAAAAAACGUCGGGAACCACUCGGAGAGGAUUCCGUGGGUCUAAAACCUUUAAGAACUGAUGUCUCUUUGAUGGACGAUAACCAGAAUGAAUGGGGUGACGAUGAAAUAGAGAGCAAGAGGUUUAGGUUUGAAGAUCAAGUUAUGCUUCCUGAUCUUGACGAUCAAACUGACCACAGACAAUGGACUCAACAACACCUGGACGCGGCUGACCUCCGUAUUCCAUCUAUAGCGCCUACUCCUCCACAGGGAGAGAUUGAUAACGAUAGCAUGGAUGUAAAUGUGCGCGGUCCGGAUGGAUUCACUCCGCUAAUGAUUGCGGCAUGCAGCGGGGGAGGUUUGGAAACCGGAAACAGCGAAGAGGAGGAAGAUGCCUCUGCUAACACGAUAUCUGACUUCAUCGGCCAGGGUGCCAACCUGCACAAUCAGACUGACCGUACCGGAGAGACAGCGCUGCACCUGGCAGCAAGAUAUGCCCGUGCGGAUGCGGCAAAACGACUGCUGGAGUCGGGCGCAGAUUCUAACGUCCAAGACAACAUGGGUAGGACUCCACUUCACACGGCCGUAGCUGCUGAUGCUCAAGGUGUAUUCCAGAUUCUUAUACGAAACAGGGCGACGGAUUUGGAUGCCCGCAUGUAUGAUGGCACAACUCCAUUAAUCUUGGCAGCUCGACUUGCGGUAGAAGGGAUGGUGGAAGAGCUGAUCAACUGUCACGCAGAUGUGAACGCAGUCGACGAGCUUGGAAAAUCUGCUCUACACUGGGCCGCAGCAGUAAACAACGUUGAUGCCGCGGCCGUGCUGCUAAAAAAUGGCGCCAAUAAGGAUAUGCAAAAUAAUAAGGAGGAGACUCCACUGUUUCUUGCAGCAAGAGAAGGCAGCUAUGAGACAGUGAAAAUUCUUCUGGAUCAUUAUGCAAAUCGAGACAUCACAGAUCAUAUGGACCGGCUUCCUCGUGACAUUGCACAAGAACGCAGCCACCAUGAUAUACUUCGGUUACUGGAUGACUACAACCUUGUGAGGAGCCCACAGCUGCAUAAUGCAUCACUGGGGGCCCCAACGCUGUCACCCCAAAUCUGCUCCCCUAAUGGCUACAUAGGGAAUAUGAAGCCUGUUGUGCAAGGGAAGAAGGCUCGCAAGCCAAGUGCCAAGGGACCUGGGUGCAAAGAUUCUAAAGACCUAAAGGCAAGGAAGAAAAAAUCUCAAGACAUAAAAGCUGGAGUUAUGGAUUCUGGCAGCUCAGGAGUUCUGUCUCCAGUUGACUCUCUAGAGUCCCCUCAUGGGUACUUGUCAGAUGUAUCCUCUCCUCCACUCAUGACAUCUCCUUUCCAACAGUCUCCUUCAAUGCCUCUGAAUCAUUUGUCCAGCAUGCCCGAUUCUCACUUAGGCAUGAACCACCUGAAUAUGACCACAAAACAAGAAAUGACAAUGGGAGGUGCCAACAGGAUGGCAUUUGAUUCGAUGACACCUCGUCUCACCCAUCUUGCAGUGUCUAGUCCUAAUGGUGUGUUGAACAGUGGGCCCAUGCAGUUUACUGUAGGUGGAGCUCCUGCUAUGAAUGGGCAGUGUGAUUGGCUAACAAGGUUGCAAAAUGGUGUGAUCCAAAAUCAGUAUAUGAGAAACAACCUCCAGCAGGGUGCACAUCAACAAGCUCAAGCUCUUCAGCACGGUCUGAUGACCUCUUUGCACAGUGGAAUGCCAACAUCUCUGUCGCAGCUGAUGAGCUAUCAAGGUAUGCCCAACACAAGGAUGGCCAGUCAACCUCAUCUGAUGCAAGCUCAGCAGAUACAACAAAUGCAACAGCAGCAGCAGAAGAACAACAUGCAACUUCAACAACAAGCCCUACAGCAACAUCAGCAGCACCAUAACCCAAGCUCAUCUUCCAGCAGUCACAUAGGUCAGUCAUUUUGUAGCAGUGACUUGGGACAGUCGGACAUUCAGCCUUUAGCCAACAAUGGCAUUCACAAUAUUAUGCCUCAAGAAACCCAGAUCAUGUCUGGCCCUCUACCCCCCACACUAACACAGUCCUUGACAACAACUCAGUUUUUGACUCCGCCUUCUCAACACAGCUACUCUUCCCCUAUGGACAAUACACCGAAUCAUCAACUCCAGGUGCCAGAUCAUCCCUUCUUAACGCCAUCACCGGAAUCUCCUGACCAAUGGUCAAGCUCCUCCCCUCAUUCCAAUAUGUCGGAUUGGUCUGAGGGUAUAUCAAGCCCUCCUACAAGUAUGCAGUCUCAGCUCAGUCACAUUCCUGAAGCUUUUAAGUAAAUUAUCAUUUUUAAGGACAAAAAGGAAAAAAACAUUUGCUUGGACAAAAACAUUUUGAAAACACUGGGAUAAACACGGAUUUUUAAAAAAAAAAUUAUAUGUCAUAGAACUGAAUUUUUUUUAGUAUUUAUUUAUCUAUGUAUAGCAUAAAACACUGCCCUUUUAUUUAUGUGUCCAUUUUUUAUUACAAAUUUGAAACAAGCUCUUUUUAAGACUUUUAAAGCUAUCUACGACUUGCCUUAAGAAAAUAUGGUAGGGGGAAAAGUGUUUUUUUUUUUAUAUAGUGAAAAUUUUAUAAAAGAAUCUUGAUAUAAAAAGUGCUAUGUAUUUAUUGUUGUCCUUUUGUAACAGAGAUUCAAUAAGACUCCAAUCAUUGAAAUGUAAAUAGAAUUUUUUUUUAAAUAUUUUAAGCAUGUUCUAAAAGGUUGUAUUUUUAGCACUAUAAAUGUUUUCCCAGUA